CCUACUCUCUGGGCGACAUUAUAUACAAAAUUGGGAACCACUGUGCUUUCUCUUAUCAAAUAUUACUAGCGGAAUCAUAGAUAUUAACUAUGCGCCUAAAAAUGGAUCGAUUACAUAUGCUUAGUAUCUACGCGAUUAUAAUUGUUUUAGGUUUCAAUAAUUGUUUAUGUAAGUCGUGACGGUGUUAACAAUUAGUUUUAACUUUUCAUAAUUAUUAAUUUCGUUUAACAUUUUUUUUUAAGUAUCCGUUGGAUGUCACAAACGGUUAAAAUUAUUUAGAUAAUUAUUAUUUGAAUCACUUCCGACCAGCUCCAUAAAAAUGUCAAAAGUAUGUAGGUUUUACUUGAAUGGAACUUGUAAUUUUGGUUCAUCAUGCCGGUUUCUCCAUUCGGACCCCCGAAAUAAUGACCAUUAUUACAACGAGUCUAAACCGAGAUACAAUAGUGAGUAUACCUACAUACCUACCUAUUAUUUAUGAAUAUUAUAUAGGCCGAUACUGAUAAGGUAACAAAUUUAAAAAGGAUUUUUAUCCUAUAUCAAUAUAAAUAUUAUAUCAUACUUGACUAUACUAUACAUGUAUUUUUCGUCAACAAUUUAUAAAAUUAAUGUAAACCCUAGAUUUUAAGUACAAUAAACCUCAUUAAACUGGACUUGAGUUAAUUUUUGGUUAAAGCCGGUAAACUUUUAAAUAAAAAAAAUUUACCCGGCUUUUGGUUAUUUUAUUUAAUUCGGACAACCUAGAGCCUCAAUUAGUCCAGACUAAUGAGGUUUUACUGUAAUGUUAUAUGUACGUAGGUAAAUAGGUAUUCAAUGAUUUAAACUUAAGCAUAAAAAAAAAAAAAAAGCGUACUUAUAUAAAAAAUAAAUAGUUAUCCUGAUUGUUUCAAAUAUUUGGACUUUUGCAGAAAUGUGAAUAUCCUAUAUUUUUUAAUACUCAUUUGUAAAGCAUUACCAAGUAGAUUAUUAAACCUACCUAGUUCACGUUAAUUAUUGGAAUUCCAUUAUAGGAUUUACCAAGAUUAUUUGGUAGAAUUACAUAAUUCAAAUUUAACCCAAGAGUAAGUUUAUAAAACCUACAUUUUAUUAUCACAUUCAUUUUUUUUAAAUAAGUAACUAAUUAUUUGAAUAUGUAUCCAAAUAGAUAUUUUAUUAAAUUUUUCAUAUUACAUUCAAUUGUUUUUAAAAGAAUAUACCUUUUAGAUCUUGGGUCCUGUUUAUAAACAAUUUUCAAAAACUUGAGAAAUAAAUUGUAUUUAUAGCUCCCUCUAAUAGUAAUUUUAAUUGAUUAUAUUUUUGUACAAAUUAUUUAAUAUUGUAUUAUUUUAUUAAUUAUGUUUAAUUAAUUUUUAUAUUUAUAGAAAAUAAAAAUGAUCAAAUCAAUCAAAAAAAUGACAAAGGAUAUCAUAGAAGUUAUAAUCAAUAUAAAUAUCAACCUGAAAGUAAAAACAAAUAUUUCUCAUUGAAAAAUGAUUAUUACCAAUAAAAUUGUUUAAAUUAGUUAAAAUUAAAUACAAAUUAUUUAAUGUUGUAUUAUUUUAAUAAUUGUGUAUAAUUAAUUUUUAUAUUUAUAGAAAAUAAAAGUGAACAAUAUUAUGAUGAUAAUUAUUCUCAAAUCAAUGAAAACAAUGACCAAGGAUAUCAUAGAGGUUAUAAUCAAUAUAAUUAUCAACCUGAAAGUAAAAACAAAUAUAUCUCAUUCAAAAAUGAUCAUUACCAACAAAAUAAAGAAUACCAUUAUAGUAAUACGGGAAACAUUAACCAUACUAGAAGACAACACAAGGAUUCUAAUGCAUAUGACUAUUAUUCAAAAAAUGAAUAUAAUGUGAAAAUUGAUAAUGAAUCGUCUCAUGAUUAUAAUAUUAAGUACAUUAGAAAAAAUUUUCGGGAUAAUAAUGGAUUAAACUCUGAAUUUAGCAAUCAGCCAAGUAGUGGAAGUAUUCAGGAAUUUUUAACCAAUUUCAAAACUGAUUUUAAUUCAAAUGGGUAAAUUGAAACAAAAAUAAGAUUAUAGUAAUAUAUGUUGUAUAUUAUUGUUAAAAAUGUAAAACUGAUCUUAAUAUUCUAGACAGUAAUGACAAUGUAUUAAAGUAAUUCUGUAAUUUAUUGUUUUUUAAUAAAUUGUAAUCAGGGCUCCAAUUUUAUAGCAUUUGCUAAUUAUUAUAAGAUACAAAUAAAAAUAGAAGAGUAAGCUUAACAUUUGUUUUAUCCAUCAGGGAAACCAACUAUGAAAUUUUAUUUUGUUAUUUUUUGCAUAUUUGAAGUAUUUUAGAUUUUUAAUGCUAUUUUUUGCUAAUAAUUUAAUUUGUAUUUCUUUUCAUAAAUAGUAGAGCAAAUCUUUUAUUUAUGUGAAUCCAUAAGAAAAAUACCUACACUUUCAAUUUAUAUUAUAAUUUAUUUUUCAAGUAACCCUACAUAUUAGUUCAUUAAACAGUUUACAUUUAUGACUUCUUUCUGUUAUACUUAGAUAUUUAAGAAAAGUUAAAAAUGAAAAAAAAAUUAAAGAAAGAUAAAAAUUGAGAGACAUUGGGAAACAAAUUUGUAUUAUUUUAUUUUUAAUAAUAUAUCAAAUUUAUAUUUAUAUAAGGUUUUAGUAAUACUUGACAUUGGAAAUUGAGGUUUAGACUAUGAUAAUGAAUCAUAAUAAAUUAUGAUGUUAGGUUUAUAAAUUUGCAUCACUUUUAUUAAACUAUUUUUAAUAUAUUUCAGUGUCAGUUCUAUUAAUUACCUAUCAAUGUAUAAUUAAUUUAAUUUUUGUUGGUAAAUAUUUGUAUAUACUUAUCAUAUUAAUUAGUAACUAAUUUAUAUAAUUACUAAAUGUUUAUAAAUGUUUUAGAUGUAAUGAUAAUAUUAGGAAGAAAGAAAAAUUGUUAAAGGUUUAUCAAAAGGAAAUGUAAGUAUACUUUAAUUUGUAUUCUACAAUUUUAUAACACAAUAAGUAACAUUUUUUUUAAUAUUCAGCAAAGUUUAUCAAUCACAUAUAAAGGAACAGUUGAAAAGCAACCUUUGGCCAUUUACAUGUUUUCAUCCCAUUGGAAAAGUCUUCCCAAUUCAACCAAUUGGUAGUUUGAAUUUUAUUGAAAUAUCAUUUGAAGAACUAAGAUGUGAUUAUUAUCUCAUUAAAACUAUGUGUGCCAAUCCUCAGUUAAUUCAUGUAAGAGAAAACUAAUGUUAUAUAAUAAUAGGAUAAUAUAGCAAUGUUAGUAAAAAAUUUAUCUUUAUAUUUACUAUUUUUAUUAUUAUUAAUAAGGUAAAUAAAAAUUUCUUUUACUAAAAAUAUUUUAAUCUAAAUAGAUACAAGUUGGUCAAAUGAUUAAUAUAGUAAGUAAAUAUAUAAGUAAACAAAUUGUAUACAUACAAUUUGUAUUUAUAUAUUUAUUAACCAUUUUAAUAAUUUUGUUUUUACUAUAUUAUUUUAUUAGAUAAUUAAUGUUUUAUUCUCCUGUAUAAAUAUAUAGACAUAUCUAGUUAACUUAUAUAAAAGAAAUUUGAUAUAAAAUAACCAUGUAAAAUUAAAGCUUUAUUAAACAGUAUAACAACUUUUAUAUUGAUCAAUGGUAAUAAUUUAAAUUUAAGAUUAGACUAUCUGUAAAAGCAAGGGUCAUUAUUUUCUAAGGGGUCUAGAUACUUUCAAAUAAAACAAAUCAUUUUUUGUUUUAAUUGUGUUAAAAGUAUUCACAAACUUAAAAUUUUAACAGAAAACUUAAAUUUUAAAACUUUUGAGCUAUUAAUAUAUCCUUUCCAACUUCUCACCUACAAUAGAGACACAUCUUUUUUAAUAUCAACUUAUUUUUUAUCCUAUUGUAUAUUUAAUCAUAUUUAUAUUAUCAUCUAUAAACAAUUUGUGUUAAUCAAUUAGGGACAAGUUUUCCAAGAAUUAAAGUUAAAAGCAUGGAAUCAGAAAAAAGACAUUUUAUCAUUAAAUAGCCAAGUACAAGAUGACAUAGUGAGUGUAUACAUUUGAAUAUUAAUGACUUUUAAUUUUACUUUGCUAAUCAUAUUACCUUUGAUGAGUUUCAGUUAGAAACAUUUGAAAAAUGUGAACAAUCGACAACAGAAUUAUUAUUUCAGAAUUACAUACUACCAGAUAAAAACAGUUACUGGGAUAUGUCUAUUAAGCGUUUAAACACACCUGAAGCUAAUAAAUCAGAACUUGAGUCCUUCAGUUUUUCCACAAAAGUAAAAGAAAAAUCUAGUAAUCAAAAUAUCCCACAGUUAAAAAUAUUGAUGCAAACUGAUGUGUAUGGUAAAAUGGAUUGUGAUGCAUUUGCUGAAGAUAGUUUUACUGACUACAUACCAAUAAUCCCUCCACCCAAGAAUCGAUGUUUUUAAUGGUUUUCUUUUUUUUUUUAAAGUUAUUAUCUUUAUUAAUUGAACAGUGAAUCAUUUUUAAUAUAAUUAUAGUUAAGAUAAAUUUUUUUUUAUGGACACAUUUUAAAUUAAAAAAAUAAAAAUCUUCAUGUAUCCAAGAAAGCCUCAAGAAUAAUUUAUUUUCAUUAUUUGUCAUUAAUAUUCAUAGUUAAUUUUAUUGCUCAGAAGUUUCUAAAAUAAUCAAUGAAUAAAAAUUGUACUUCUUUUUUUUCUUCUUUUAAAAAAAUCGGUUAAAAAUUUAAGUUUAAUUAUAAUUAUAUUUAUUUUUUUAAAUUAUUAUUUUCAUUUAUUGUACUGUUAACAAUUUUCAAUAUAAUAAUAAUUAAAUAAUAAAAUAAAAAUCUUACUGCAUCCAACAUUAACUCAAAAAUAAUUAAUUUUAUGUUAUAUGUUAUUGGUACUUAUAGUAAAUUCUAUCCCAUAGAAAUUAAACCAAAAAAAGAAAUAUACAUUAUACAUUUUAUUUUUCAUUUUACAAACUGUUUAAUAAUUUAAAUGUUUUUUUUUGUCCAGUGUUGUCAAAUUUGAAAAAUAAUGGCCUGACUAAUUAAAAAAAGAGAUCGAGUGUGUACUUAGGAUCUUUUGUAUAAAAUAAUGGUGGCUUUGACUAAUAUGUGCAAUAUAGGAUCAAAUGGAGAGAACUGUCAGAUGUUCUAUGUGAUAAUUAUAUGGGAGGCUAAUUAUUUUGAAUAGUUUGGAUACACACACAUAUGCAUACACAUUUAUUAAGAUAAAGUUAUUUUAAGUUAAUAUCAAGUAUCUAUUAUAGUACUAUGUGACCAUGAUGCACUCCACCAUUCUACUUUUUUUAGUUGUUUUUAAACCAUUUAUUUAUGUGUACAUGUGUUAAAUAAUUACCUAUUAUUAUC